AUGGUCACAAAGAAAACACCAAGAGCCGAAAAACCAAAGAAACCUAAGAUCAACACAAAAAACACCCAAGAUCCAGCAAUGAGAACCAAAUUUCAAAAAUAUGUUAAAGAACAACUCCAAAACUUAGAUAGCUCAUCCCCUGACGACAUGUGGAACAACAUGAAAUCAGCAAUACAUGAUUCUGCGCCGAGGGCCUUUGGAAAGGAUCGACUUUCCAAGGAGGACUGGAUCGAAGCCAAUGCAUCAAUACUAAUGCCAUUACUUGAGAAAAAGCGCAAGAUCUUCAUAAAGCUCAAUAGAAAGCCAACAGAAAGUACAAAGCAACAGCUACGUGUUUCAAAAUCCAACCUUCAAAAAGAAACUAGAAAAUGUGCCAACCAGUACUGGGAUAAAUUAUGCUUAGAAAUUCAACAGGCGAGUGACAUGAAAAUGUAUGAGAUGAUUAGAGUUCCUAUCAGACCAAGAGUGAGUGAAGUGGCACCUCUCAAGUCUGCAACGGGUGACCAGCUGACGGACAAGAAUGAACAAAUGGAAAGAUGGGUGGAACAUUACUCUAAAUUGUACACAAAGGUGCGAGAUGUUGAUAGACAGCUUGAUGAAGCCAUUCCUCAGCUUCCCGAAAUGACAGAACUUGAUAUACCACCAACGGAAGAAGAAUUCUCCACUGUAAUCGAUGAAUUUGCAAGCGGAAAAGCACCCGGAAAUGGCAAUAUACCUGCUGAAGUGUUGAAAGAGAACAAAGAUGCCCACCUUCCACAUUUAUACAAGUUACUAAAGACGUGUUGGCUGGAAGUAAAAAUUCCACAAGAUAUGAGAGAUCCCAAGAUCAUCACUCUCUAUAAAAAUAAAGGGGACAAGGAAGAUUGCAAUAACUACAGAGGCAUCUCACUUCUGAGCAUCACUGGAAAAGCUUUUGCGAGGAUCAUUCUGAAACAACUUCAGAAGCUAGCAGAAAGAGUACUACCAGAGAGCCAGUGCGGUUUUAGAUCUAACCGCUCAACAAUGGAUAUGAUCUUCUCCAUUCGUCAACUACAAGAAAAAUGCCGGGAGCAGCAAUUACCACUGUAUAUAGCAUUUGUCAAUCUGGCAAAGGCAUUUGAUACAGUCAGCGGAUCAGGACUGUAG